GGCUGCGCUCCCUCUUUGUGUGUCUGCUGUCUGCGGCCAGCCGGGGGUCGGGAUGGGUUUCCUGUCUGCGCCGCUUGCUGCAUCCGGAGCGAAGGCGGGCCGAGGGAGAGGCAGAGAAGCCCAGCGAGGGAGAGGCUCCGGCGGCGGUGGCGGCCCCGAUCUACCCGGGAGAAGCUUCCAUUGGCACCGCUUGCUUGGCUUUCCCGUCGCGCGGCCAGCGAGGGCAUGGAACAAUGAAGGACACAAAAGGGAAGAGCCUACAGGAGGAAGAAGAAGACUUUGAGCCCCAAGUUGAACUGCAUUUCACCAUCUUGGAAGAAUCGGAAGGAGGCAUUUCUCAAGGGAAACUUUGGCACUGUGAGAUCAACGCAGAGCUACAGCCAGAGAGCUCCUCUCCCCAAGAUGAUGAAUCCAUGUACUCUGACCUCUCACGGUCUCCUUCCCCUGAACUCGAAGACGUCAUUCCAGAACCUGACGAUGAUGAGAGAGACGAAGGGCCCAGGGCUGCUUCAUACCCUCUGCCAAAUUCAGGACAACAAGUUGAGCUGCACUUCACCAUAUUGGAGGAGUCCGAAGGAGGGAUUUCUGAGGGCAAACUCUGUGCGAGUGACUCUAGAUUGGAUGAGCCAUUGGAGAUAGACUACCAAGCACACCAUUGGGAUGGGCCUGUUAGAUUGAAUAAGAAACCCAUGCAGCCGUUAAUGGUGGAGAAAGAUUCCCCACCAGUGGAGGACAGGUUACAUGGAGAAUCAAAAGGGGAAGUCCUUCAGCAAGAUGGUUCAGACCAGCAGGUGGAGCUCCAUUUCACCAUUUUCGAUGACCCCAAUGAAGUCAACAUUCCCCAAGGACCUGAGGAUUACCCCAUGUGGGAAAGCCCCUUUAGACCAGCGGGGUAUCAAGAGGAAUAUCCGAAAGAGGAUUGGGAUGCCUCCGUCGACAGUCUGGGGGAUGCCUUUGAAGCGUCGUUCCAGGAGCAGUUCUACUCCGGGGGCCAGGUGUACCCCUGCUCGGAGUGUGGCCGGAUUUUCAACAGGAAGUCCACCCUGACGCGACACUGGCGGACCCACACUGGGGAGAAGCCCUACUCCUGCGUGGACUGUGGGCGGAGUUUCAGCCUCAACCUGAACCUCCUCACCCACCAGAUGACCCACACAGGAGAGAAACCCUACAAGUGCCCUGACUGUGGGCAGAGCUUCACCCGUAGCACCAGCGUCACCAGGCAUCAGAGAAGCCACCAAGAGGAGGGCCCAUGUACAAAUGAAUCAUGGGAAGAGAGCUUUCUUUACCCGUGCCCGGUCCCUUUUCCUUUCCCCAUCCCUCCAGUGGAGGAAAAAUCCUAUGUCUGCCCCGAUUGCGGAGAGGCUUUUAUGCACAGCGGGAGUCUCAGCCGGCACAUGCGGAUGCACCAAGGGGAACGGCCUUACAAGUGCGUAGUGUGUGGGGAGGGCUUCUAUUCCAUGUCAAAGCUCUACAGGCAUGAGCGAAUCCACAUGGUGGACAAGCCCUACCAUUGUGACAUCUGCGGGAAAAGCUUUGCCGUCAAGUCGACCUUGACCCGGCACCAGAUGCUCCACCAGGCAGAGCGUCCCUACAUGUGUUCUCACUGCGAAAAGGGCUACGUUCAGAGGAGCCACCUGGCCAGGCAUCACCACAAAGCCCAUCCCGGGGUGCCCUUUAACCCCGUCAAAGCGAAGAGUAUGCCCGCCACCAUCCUGGAUUCUGAUAACUUAGUCACCUAUUUCUGGGGGGAUGAGGAGACAGACACCCCCUCUGAGCCAGUUCCCACUCAGUUGAUCUACUCGGGAGCAGACUGAUGGAAGAAUAGGGGGCUAACACUAGUCUGGACUUCAAUGUGCCACCUCCUCCAUUCCUGGAGGGAAGCAUUUUGGUCUUCAGCCUCUUAUGUUCUGCCUGAAGUCUCAAAGUGCUAGGAUACUUGGAGAUUGGACCUUAAUAUGGAAUAUUGUAUGGCGAAAACCAAAUCAAAAAACCCGAGGUUGGUUUUAUUAUGGACAGUCUUUGUGCCAAGUUUCCUUCCUUGCCUUGCUAUCUCUUAGGACAGCAGGAACUUAAGCCCAAGGCCACCUCCAGAUCUACAGAGACAGCGCUGUUGUUAGGCUGUGCUUGCCCUGCAUUAUGGUGCACUGGAGGUAUUUCUGGUGUCAAAACUGCAAAGAGGCCUACAUUCUGCAGUAGAUCUACCUCCUCAUGGCUUAUGAGGACAACUGCUCAAACUGCUUCGUAGGACAGAAGCAAUGCGUCCCUUGUGAUGGGGAAGCAGACAUUUAUGCACUCACAAAUGGGCAAUAUGGGGGAGAAUAGGCUGGACUAUAACAAAAUGUCUAGUGUAGGGAGGCUUGAAGGAACCUGGGGGUUGCUCUGGAGUUUGGGGUGGGGGUUUGGGGGCAAAGGGAUGUCUUUUUCCUUAAAGCAAAUCUAUGCCUUGUUUCAUCACUUUUGUGUUUUUAGUAAUGGCUGAAUUCAUGGGAAACAUUCCCAGUAAAAUAUGGAAAUGGGAAAAAGUA